CUGCGCGCGGCGCUCGGACCCCGGCCAUGGCUCACAGGCCUAAAAGGACUUUUCGGCAGCGUCCAGCCGAUUCCAGCGACAGCGACGGCGCCGAGGAGCCGUCUGCUGAGCCAGAGACGCCGAAAGGGCAGACGGCCCCGGGAUCUGCGGAGGAAGGGCCUCCCUCUGGAGGAGGCCGCAGGGAGGCGGCGGGACAGGCGCGCGGAGUCCGGGGUGCUCGGGGCCGGAGCCGGGGCCGGGGCCGGGUCUGGGCGAGUUCCCGGCGCGCCGUGGUAGCGGCCCCGCGCGUGGACGGCGGCACGGGCGUCCCAGUCCUGUUAGAAUCCAGAACAGUUGAUCCUUCAUCAGAUGAAGAGGCUGAAAUGCAUCAUUCCUUAGAGAGUAAGGAUGAUCAGAGUUCAUUGUCUGACAGCUCUGACUCUCUAGAAGAAAAUGAGUUCUCAUCGACAGGUAAGAUCCCUGAUGCAGCUUUUAUUCAGGCAGCCCGUAGAAAACGAGAAUUGGCCAGGGCCCAAAAGGACUAUAUUUCUUUGAAUGUAAAACAUACCUUCACCGUCUCUGGUGUGAAGAGAAACAGCGAUGAAGAUCUUGAGAGUGAGCCUGAUGACCAUGAGAAGAGGAUGCCAUUUACCCCAAAGCCUCAAACACUUAAACAAAGAAUGGCUGAAGAAACAACAAGCAGAAACGAAACAAGUGAAGAAAGUCAGGAAGAUGAAAAUCAGGAUAUUUGGGAACAUCAACAAAUGAAGAAAGCAGUUAAAAUCAUAGAGGAAAGAGACAUAGAUAUUUCUUACAGCAGUAGAUCUCGAACAGUGAAGAAGUUUGAUACUUCUACUUCAUUUCCACCAGUAAAUUUAGAAAUUAUUAAGAAGCAGUUAAAUACCAGACUAACAUUACUACAGGAAACUCAUCGCUCACACCUGAGGGAAUAUGAAAAACAUAUACAAGAUGUCAAGAGCGCAAAGAAUACGAUCCAGCACCUAGAGGGUUCAUCAGAUCAAGCUCUAAAUUAUAAAUUCUAUAAAAGCAUGAAAAUUUAUGUGGAAAAUUUAAUUGACUUUCUUAAUGAAAAGAUUGUCAACAUCCAAGAAAUAGAAUCAUCCAUGCAUGCACUCCUUUUAAAGCAAGCAAUGACCUUUAUGAAACGCAGGCAAGAUGAAUUAAAACAUGAAUCAACGUAUUUACAACAGUUAUCACGAAAAGAGGAGACAUCAACGGAUGGAAACUUUGCUUUAGAUGAAAAAACUCAAAGGAUUUUAGAAGAGAUUGAAUCUCGAAGAACACAAAGAAGAAAAGCAAGGGUGCUUUCUGGGAAUUGGAACCAUCAGGAAGGGACAUCUAGUGAUGAUGAGCUGUCUGCAGCAGAGAUGACUGACUUCCAAAAAUGCCAUGAUGAUAUUAUACAGAAUCAGAAGAAAGUUUUUGAAGAUGUCCAUGAAGAUUUUUGCAAUAUCCCCAAUAUUUUGUUGAAAUUUCAGCAAUGGCGAGAGAAGUUUCCUGAUUCUUACUACGAGGCUUUCAUUAGUUUAUGCAUACCGAAGCUUUUAAAUCCCCUAAUACGAGUUCAGUUGAUUCAUUGGAAUCCUCUUAAGUUAGAUUCCAUAGGUUUAAAACAGAUGCCAUGGUUCACAUCUAUAGAAGAAUUUAUUAAUGGAGGUGUGGAAGAUUCAAAGAAGGAAUAUAGUUCAGAUAAAAAAAUCUUGUCUGCUGUCAUCAACAAAACAAUUAUCCCCCGACUCACAGACUUUAUAGAAUUCAUUUGGGAUCCCUUGUCAACCUCACAGACAACAAGUUUAAUAACACACUGCAAAAUGAUUCUUGAAGAAUUUUCCCCUUAUGAAAAUGAAGUUAAUAAAAGCAAACAGGACUUACUUAAAUCCAUUGUUUCAAGAAUGAAGAAAGCAAUAGAAGAUGAUGUUUUUAUUCCUCUUUAUCCAAAGAGUGCUAUAGAAAACAAAACAUCAUCACAUUCAAAGUUCCAAGAAAGACAAUUCUGGUCAGGUCUAAAGCUGUUCAGUAACAUUCUUGUCUGGAAUGGACUCGUCCCAGAUGACACCUUGCGAGAGCUUGGACUAGGGAAGCUGCUGAACCGUUACCUUAUUGUAGCUCUGCAUAAUGCUGUCCCUGGGCCAGAUGUUGUGAAAAAGUGUAACCAAAUAGCAGCAUGUCUACCUGAAAAAUGGUUUGAGAACCCUGCCAUGAGGACAUCUCUUCCCCAACUAGAAAACUUCAUUCAGUUUUUACUGCAGUCUGCACAUCAGUUAUCUAGAAGUGAAUUCAGGGAUGAAAUUAAAGAGAUGAUUCUUAUUCUGGUGAAAAUAAAAGCUUUGAAUGAAGCAGAAUCCUUCAUAGAAGAAUAUCACCUAGACCAUCUUAAAUCACUAAUUAAUGAAGUUUGAGUAAACAAUAGAAAAGUGCUAAAAU